AUGCCGGGCAGCAAGAAAUUAAAGGCCGGCCGGUCGCAGAAGAAGUCGCCCGCGGUCGAGGAGUCCGACUCGGUUACACAGCCGCCCCUGCAGCUUAUGGAUAUGGUCGAAUCGUUCCUCUCCGAACAUGGCUUCUCCGAAGCCCACUCCGCAUUCACAAAGCAACGCGCGAAAAAGGGCUGGAAAAGGGGCGAUAAAUCCGACCCCGCAAAUCAUGCCUCUCUUGUCACUGUGUUCCGAACCUGGGAGACAUCGCUGAACGAUGCAGGCACUGAGCAGGGCCUCAAAGCCGUCGCCGAGCAAGUCAUCAAGGUCAGCAGCAGCAGCAGCAGCGAGUCCGAGUCGUCCGACAGCGAGGGCGACGUCGAAAUGAAGGACGUUUCAAAGGACGGCUCCCCAAGCUCCGAGUCCAGCAGCAGCAGCAGCAGCAGCAGCAGCAGUGAGAGUGACAGCAGCGACAGUGAGAGCGAGAGCGAGGACGAGAAGGAGACCGCCAAGCCGACUGCUGCGUCGAGGCCUGCAGUCAAUCCCUUGAAGCGCAAGGCAGCUUCCGAGAGCAGUGACUCGUCCGACUCCGACUCUGAUUCCAGCUUGGAGGAGGAAGCGCCUGCUGCCAAGAAGCAGAAGGUCGCUGCUGCCCCCGUCAAGUCCGAGUCGUCUUCCGAAUCAUCAUCAGAGUCCUCUUCGGAGUCGUCCUCUAAUUCCUCUUCUGAGUCCUCCGAGUCCGAAUCCGAGUCUAAGCCUGUGAACAAGGAGUCGCUCGCUACAAAGAAAGAGACAACCGGGGACGGCUCGUCCUCUGAUUCCUCGUCUUCCGCGUCAGAGUCGGAGUCGGAUUCAUCUUCCUCCGAGUCCGAGUCCGAGUCCGAGUCGGAAGACGAAGCCGAGGAAGCGGCUAAGGUCCCGCUCCCCGAGUCCGAGUCGGACACGGACUCGUCCAGCGACUCUUCGUCUUCCGAAUCUUCUUCCGACUCUGAGUCCGAAGAAAAAACCAAGAAGAAGAGCGCCCAGUCUGGCUCGCCCGCGACAACCGGUUCGGACAGCUCGGCCACCCUUGGCAAGAGCGCGUCCCCUAAGCUCUAUCCCGUCGACAAGUUCGCCCCUCUCCCGCCUGACCCGGACACGGUCAAAGCCAACAACCGCGGCAAGAAUGGCAACGGCAAGACUGUCAAUCAGCCUUUCUCGCGCAUCAACCGCAACAUCCAGGUCGACCCCAAGUUCGCGUCCAACGCCUUCCAGGGUCAUGACUGGGGCCGCAAGGCCCACGAGGACCUAGUUGUCACGCGUGGCAAGGGUUUCACCAAGGAGAAGAACAAGAAGAAGAAGGGCAGCUACCGCGGUGGGCGCAUUGAUACCUCUGCUGUGGGCGGCAUUAAGUUUGACGACUGA